UACAGUACGUACAUUUGGCUUUUCAUAGCUCGUCUAACAAAUAAAUCAGCAUUAAAGUACCACCACUGAAGUAUAAAAUCUGAACAAAAAAUGAAGUCAUCACUAAUUUUCAUAUUGCUAUCGUUUGUUCAUGCUGGUUUGAGUGCUCAGGUGUUUCUUAAAGUGGGUUUCAUUUUGGACGAGGGGAGGGUUGAACAGAAUGACCAGUUGUAUACUUCGCUGGAUUAUCUGAAACGAAAGCACAGCUCAUCUCUAAUCGACUUCAGAGUGUCCUUCAUCUCGGACCCCAACCCCAUGCAGGCCCUGAGGGAGUUGUGUGGGAUGACAGAGUGGGGGGCCACCACACUCAUCUCACUCACUUCCUGCUCGAGCACCAGACUUCUGGAGAGUGUCUCUUACCAGUGGAAGUUACCCUACAUCAACUUGGCCGAGACUGCGAAAUGCGAGGAGAACAAUCGGAACCUGAGGCCUUCCAGCCCCUCUUCUUCUUCAUCGUCUUCUUCUUCUUCGUCUUCUUCCAACAUGUUUACCUACUUCACCCUAAGAACCCAAUUUGACAGAGUGGCAUACGUGGUGCAGCAGAUUAUGCAACAAACAGCACUCACCAACUUCGUAAUAUUCUACGACGAUUCAUUUGAUUUUCAUUACCCGACAGUUCUCGAAGCGAAAAUACUAGAGACAGCGAGGAAGCAAAAACUAAAUGUUGACUCAAAGUUCAUCAAAAUUGACUCGCGCAAACCCACACGACUGAGUUCUGACCUAGCCCAGAUACAAGGCGACGCCCACUUCUUCAAGUUCGCCAUUUUGGCAAAUGAGAAAUGGAGCAAGGAAUUGUUAAGAUUGGCAACAAGUAUUGGAUUAACUGGCAGACAAUUUCUCUGGAUUCUGGCCAAUGUGGAGAUUGACAUAAGUGGUUAUCAGAGUUUGAGUGACAAGUUGAACUUAAUCUCAAUCACAAGAAGUUACCCGGAGUCGGCGUAUGUGGAGGACCAUGAAGGUGGCGCCUGGUUGUCCACUGGUUCCUCUCUAAAGACGUGGAAGUUCCAGCCCCUGGUCAAUGCGGCAGAGAUAGCCUUGAUAGCACUGAACAACUCCAGGAUGUAUGUCAACUUUACCCAGGUCAAGGACAUACAGUGCAAAGAUACGCAGACACGCUACAUUUUCAUUGGAGGAAUACAAAUCAGGGGUAAACUCACUCAAAUCCACUCGAAGAACGCGCUUGUUAACGACUACUACGGGCGAUCUUACUUCCUGGACCGGGUAGAGCCCCCCUCCCUGGAGUCGCAGGGGUUCCAGGCCAUGCCUAGUCUGGACAUCCUUACCCACAACACUACUGCUGUUAAAUUCGAUAGAAAUUUUCUCAGAAGAGGAAACGAGGUGACCAACUGGACCCUGCUGAGUCGUUUCUCUGUGGCUGAGCAGGAGUGGAUCCCUCCCCCCGCCACCCUCAAGACCAAGUCCGGCAGCCUAGAUGGCCAGGUGUUGCGAGUCGUCACCAUAGUCGAAGAGCCCUUCAUCAUGCGUAGCGUGGACGAGGCCGGAAAUGUGUCGUAUGAGGGCUACUGCAUUGACAUCCUGCGUCUGAUCCAGACCAAAGCCAGAGAGAAGUUUGGCGAGCACUUCACCUUCGAGAUCUACGAGGUGCACGACAACUCCUACGGGGUCUUCGACCACAACAAACAGAAGUGGAGCGGACUCAUCGGUGACAUUCUGCUUCGAAAGGCGGACAUAGCAGUGGCGGGAAUGAUUAGGAACUUCGACAGGGAACAGGUGGUGGACUUCACUGCUCCAUAUAUGGACUAUGGAGUGGGCAUACUGAUCAGAAAGCCGUCCGCCGAAAUCAAUAUUUUCAGUUUCCUCGAGCCCCUUACGAUUCCAAUCUGGGCGCUAAUAGCCCUGAGCACGUUCGUCAUAUCGAUAGUGGUCUUCGUGCUAAGCCACUCCUCCCCCUACGAGGGCAGCAGACCCCCCAAAACCCCCAGCAACUCACCAGAGGGGACGACAGAGGAGGGCGAACGAGGGGGAGAGGAAGACGAUGAGGGGGAUCAUGCCGAGGAUGUGAACUUCUUUCUGACCUAUUUCAACUGUGUCUACUGGGCUCUUGGCUGUCUAACACAACAGGGGGGCGAAUUCAACCCGAGGUCUAUGUCGACCAGAGUGUUGGGCACAGCCUACUGGUACUUCUCACUAGUGGUGGUCGCAGUCUACACCGCCAACUUGGCCGCUUUCCUCACCAGUGGCAGACUGGCAACUCCCAUCAAAUCCCUCUCCGAUCUGGCCAAUCAGGAUGCGAUCCCUUAUGGAACUGUGAAGGAGAGCAGCUUGGAGGCAUUCUUCAAGUCACAAGCGGAAAACUCUGACGUGGAGACGUAUAAGACACUGUGGAACCACAUGAAGGGGGACCCCAGUCCGAUGGUGAGGAGUGUGGAGGAGGGGUACUCCAGGGUGUCCACGUCCACCUACGCAUUCAUGUGGGACUACCCGGUGCUGCAGUACCAGAUGCAGAAGAACUGCCAACUCAUGAUGGUGGGCAAGUCGUUCAACAGGAAGAACUAUGCCUUCGCAGUGCCUAAGAGCGUCCACUUCUUACCCACAAUCAGUCUGAGCAUCCUCUCCUUGCAGGAGCAGGGGAGUCUAGGUGCUCUUCGUGAGAAAUGGUUCGAAGGCAACUCGCUUUGCACGGCCGAGGGGGAGGAGAAGGCGACUGCGGGACUUACUUUUGACAACAUAGGGGGCAUAUUCUACCUUUUCGCUGGGGGAUGUGUCAUGUCAAUGUUCAUAAACUUGAUGGAGAAUAUCUGGUUCAAGUUCAUGAGGAAGACGUCUAAGCCUUCAUUGGAAUCCCACACGAUCUCAAGGCACAAAUUGGUCCAGGGUAAGCAGAGAAUUCACAAAGGAGGUUCAAUCACCCUGGACGAAGCCGAGAAGGUGCCUGGGCAAGCGAACACAUUCGACUUCGAAGCAAGUGUCUUCAGUCCACAGAACAGCAAUUGAUGCAAACUGAUUUCAAAAGUUAUAGUCACGUUGUGAAUAUUUUGAGCUGUAAAUAAAGCUCAUGCAUGACAAAACUGUCGUUCAGAAUGGCUGGCCGACCGCAUAAUAGUUAACUUUUAAUGUUUGUUGAAACUAAGUGCAGAAAUGUUUUGCCGGUGCAUGAACAAAACUAAUUUAAAAAAAAUUACAAGAGCUUGAUUGUUGUGAAAACUUUGAUUAUGAAUUAAAUAA